AUCCUCCUCUCUCUCUGUCCAGGGGUCGUAAGUGUAAGCCCAUCUUUGUGCAGAUAGCUCGUCAGGUGGUGAAGCUGAAUGCGUCUGACCUGCGGCUGCCGUCCAGGGCCUGGAAGGUCAAGCUGGUGGGGGAGGGGGCCGACGAUGCUGGAGGGGUGUUUGAUGACACCAUCACUGAGAUGUGCCAGGAGUUGGAGACAGGAGUAGUGGAUCUCCUCAUCCCGUCCCCCAACGCCACAGCUGAGGUGGGCUACAACAGAGACAGGUUCCUGCUGAGCCCGUCAGCCUGUCUGGAUGAGCAGCUCCUCCAGUUGAAGUUCCUGGGCAUCCUGAUGGGGGUGGCUAUCCGGACCAAGAAGCCCUUGGACCUGCACCUUGCGCCCCUGGUGUGGAAGCAGCUGUGUUGUAUUCCUCUGGUCCUGGAGGAUCUGGAGGAGGUGGACCUGCUCUACGUUCAGACACUCAACAGCAUUCUUCACAUUGAAGACAGCGGCAUCACAGAGGAUAAUUUCCACGAGAUGAUUCCUCUGGAUUCGUUUGUGGGUCAGAGUGCAGACGGUAAGAUGGUUCCUAUUAUCCCCGGUGGAAACAGCAUCCCGCUGACCUUCUCCAACAGGAAGGAGUAUGUAGCCCGGGCCAUCGAGUACCGCCUGCACGAGAUAGACAGACAGGUGGCGGUGGUGCGUGAGGGCAUGUCCUGGAUCGUCCCCGUCCCUCUCCUCUCCCUCCUCACAGCCAAACAACUGGAACAGAUGGUUUGUGGGAUGCCAGAGAUCAGUGUGGACGUGCUCAAGAAGGUUGUGCGGUACCGUGAGGUAGAAGAGCAUCACACUCAGGUCCAGUGGUUCUGGCAGACCCUAGAGGACUUCUCCAACGAGGAGAGGGUUCUGUUCAUGCGCUUCGUCUCCGGACGGUCCAGGCUGCCCGCCAACACAGCUGACAUCUCCCAGAGGUUCCAGAUUAUGAAGGUGGACAGGCCGUAUGACAGCCUGCCGACCUCCCAGACGUGUUUCUUCCAGCUGCGCCUGCCUCCUUACUCCAGCCAGACGGUGAUGGCAGAGAGACUACGCUACGCCAUCAACAACUGUCGCUCCAUCGACAUGGACAACUACAUGCUGUCACGCAACGUAGACAACGCCGAGGGCUCGGACACAGACUACUGACCAACCGCAGUCUACCCCCGGAGGCACCGUCAAAACAACACACUUUCACAGACCCUCACCACACACACACACCGAGACCCAGGAAAGACCUGGCCUGGAUGGAAUAAAGACUGUCCUCUCACAGACCCUCACCACACACACCGACACAGAGACCCAGGAAAGACCGGGCCUGAAUGGAAUAAAGACUGUCCUCUCACAGAGCGUCACACAGCAGAAACCCAGAAGGAAAAGUGCAUCUCCUUGGUCCCGUCGUCAACGUACAGUAAGAACUCACAGAGUAGCAACAACAGAGAGCGUUAAUGUAGCUGUACGGAAGGCCGGGUCACUUUUGAACACCUCAUUAUAUUCCAUGUUAACUCUACUACUCUCGACGCAUAAGACAUAAUGGAUGGAUUUGAUUCAAUGUUUUUAUUUUUCAACCUUGUGGUUUUAUUAGUAAGUUGUUUUUUUUAAGCAAUUAAAAAAAAAAAGAGAAGCAGUUCAUUUGAGUUAUUUUUAAUAUUAUUUUGGUUCUUUUUUUCAUCGCUUCAUUUCUUUCAGGUUUUUUUUAUUUUUAAUGUUUAUUUAGUCUUUGGGAAAAUGUGUAUAAGAGUAUUCAUUCACCCAAAGUGAAGAAGAAAAAAUACAAUAUGUUGUACAUUGUGUAUAAUGUUUCAUUAGGAAAAUGUUUUACAUAAAUAUCCAUAUUUAUUUUUGUUUUAAUUUUUAAAUUGCCGACGCCGCGGUUUCCUAAAGCAGCAAGAAGAAGAAACUCAAUAAAAUGCUUCAGAACGGA